GCCGCACGCUUCCAAAGCUUGUCUUGUCGCAUUGCAUGCCACACCCCAUUGCCUCCCCGGCUAGCUCGCCUCCUAUAUAUACACAGCAAGGCCCUGUUCCUAGAGCCACCACCAGCUCAACUGCCUCAACACCACCUGCAAGGAAAAACAGCAGAGUCAUCCAAGCGACCAUGAUGAAGCUGAGGUGCCCCAACCCCAAGAGGCUCUUCAGGAGGAGCUCCUCCAAGAUCAGGCGGUCUAGCAGCAGCUGCAGCAGCAGCAGUGACAACGGCAGCGACGCCAGUGGCAUCCGUGGUGGCGGUGGCAGCGGGGAGAUCGAGUGGGAGGUGCGGCCAGGGGGCAUGCUAGUGCAGAGGAGGGACGGGAGGGGGGACGUCGAGGUCAUCACCGUCAGGGUGGCCACCGGCUACUCCUGGCACGAGGUCUCCAUUGGAGCUACCUGCACCUUUGAUGAGCUGAAGGUGGUAGUCUCCAUGGUGACGGGGCUGGAGCCAAGGGAGCAGAGGCUGCUGUUCAGGGGCAAGGAGAGGGAGGACAGCGACCACCUCCACAUGGUUGGGGUGAGGGACAAAGACAAGGUGCUGCUCCUCGAGGACCCUGCCCUCAAGGACAUCAAGCUCCGUGCCACACUCGCAGGCCAGGCCAUGCAGAGCCCGUAUCAUACUUUUAUCAAGGUGUAGGCCGGCCCGCCUCACCCACCGCGCUAACAGUUAGGAUAAAUCAAAUCAAUCAUACCAUCAGCCAGUCAGUCUCAGAAAAAGUUGUUAAAAGGAACUUAUUUGAGAGCUGAUGCAUGGUGUGGUUCGCUGCUGUUGAUCAUCAGAACUUGACUACCACUCCAUGGAAUGGAAGGGCAAAGAACCUCCUCGUGUGAGAGUUAGGGUACUACCAACUUUUAACUAGUUAACUGCAUGAUUGUGCAAUUUGUAGCCGGUUGCAAGUUUUUAAGUUCUUUCUUUUUUAGAUAAUGUAAGGGUUAGGCUCCCAGAGUUGCAAGUCUAAGUGUUGAUGUCAUGCAUGUUAACAAGUUAGAUCGGAGAGUGCAAACUUAGAUGGAUGAGAUGUAUCAAUGUGUCAUGAGACGUGCUCACACUUAAGUUGUGGAUGAGAUUUGUCAACGGGAUCUUGGGCAUAA